CUUCUUGCCUGGCGUGGCGGUCGACAACGAACUCCGGCCUCAUCUAGCUUGCCGUCUCUCUGCCUCGUCUCCAACGGGGAGGGAAAAAAAAUCAGCGGGGAUUCAGAUGAGGCUCUAUCUCCGGCAAGCGGCGGCCGCGGCCACGGCCACCAGCUCCCCCCUGGCGGCCACCAUCCGCAAGAGUUCUCCAAGCUCCCUCACCCAUGGCCGGCUCGGCUUCAGCCACGCCCACACGUCGCUGCAGACGACGCCGACGCCGACGCCGAACCACCGCGGAAACCGACCAGGGUGGGCGGUGCGCGUGCUUCCCCUGACGGAGGAGAACGUGGAGAGGGUGCUGGACGAGGUGCGGCCGAGCCUGAUGGCGGACGGCGGCAACGUGGCGCUGCACGAGAUCGACGGCCUCGUCGUCGUGCUCAAGCUGCAGGGCGCCUGCGGCUCCUGCCCCAGCUCCACCAUGACGCUCAAGAUGGGCAUCGAGACGCGCCUCCGCGACAAGAUCCCCGACAUCCUCGAGGUCGAGCAGAUCGUCGACACCGAGACCGGCCUCGAGCUCACCACUGACAACGUCGAGAAGGUACUUGAUGAGAUCAGGCCAUACCUCUCCGGCACCGGAGGUGGAAGCCUCGAGCUGGUCCAGAUCGAUGGAUAUGUCGUCAAGAUUCGAAUCGGUGGACCUGCAGCUGGUGUAAUGACAGUUCGUGUAGCUGUGACACAAAAACUGAGGGAAAAGAUACCUUCAAUCAUGGCUGUUCAGCUCAUAGAGUAGAAAGCAUAAGUUCAUCUGUGCAUCAAUCAACAGAACGAAAUGUGGUUUUCUGCUGAAUGUUGGAUGUCGGUCUUAUACUUUUGAGUCAUUAGUCUUUAUACACUGAAAUACAGAACCCAUAGCCAAAGGUAAACUCGCAAUGGCUAAAACGAUUGACAUGUACCAAGAAACCUUUGACUUAAAAGGAAUAUCACUGAUUUGGACAAUACAAUGCUUGCAGCCUUUUUUUAA